GCCGAGAUUAGAACGACGAUUUCCAGCACGCAGACCUAUCAUUACAUGAUUGAGGGCGGCCUUGAGUAUGGUCUUCUGACCACUGGCGAAGCGAUCGUGUUUCUCAGGGUCGACUGGGAGGAACCGGAAACGUUAUAUUACCACCUAGCAGAACCCGGUCCCGAGGUGUCCGCCCAUCCAAAUCACUUCCACGUCUGUACGGCCGUGGGUCAGUAUCUAGCUUUCAGCCUCAUGGCCCUCGGCCCACCAGGAGAACGGUGGAUGCACGGGCAGGAGGAGCGUCGACAGGCUACCCUUGACUUGAGCAAGUGGGCAGAA